AUGGAACCAUCUACUGACAUGAACGAAUUCCGCUAUUUGCUCCGUACCUCCAAGAACAUCGUUGCAGUCGCAGGCGCUGGUCUCUCCGCUGCCUCGGGCAUCCCCACCUUUAGAGGUUCCGGCGGAAUGUGGAGAAAAUAUAAUGCUGUCGAGCUUGCUACUCCUGAGGGAUUUAGCGACAAUCCCUCACUCGUUUGGCAGUUCUACCACUACCGUCGGGAAGUUGCACUCAAAGCAGCGCCCAAUAAUGCACAUAGAGCUCUAUCUCUCUUUUCUUUGCCCUCAAUCCGUAACCAGAUAGCACCCUCUUCUACCUUUACACUUGUGACCCAGAAUGUCGACGGCCUCAGUCCCAGAUCAGACAAGGAAAUAUCGGAAAUCUACCCUGAGGCUUUAGAUCAGCCGCAACAGGUGCAGCCUCGACUGAUUGAAAUGCAUGGCAGGCUGUUCGACGUCCUUUGCACUGACGAAAAUUGUAGACAUAUCGAGUUCAACACCAAAUCUCCUAUAUGUGAGAGUUUGGCUGGGACUGAAAUUUUGGUCGAAAAGAACACACUGGAUCCUGAUAUCGAUAUACAGAGCUUACCUCGCUGUUCCCAGUGCGGCAGUCUUGCCCGACCGGGAGUUGUCUGGUUUGACGAGGUGCCGCACCACAUGGAUGUCAUAGACAAUAUUAUUGAACAGGCAGAUCUAUGCAUAGUGGUUGGCACCUCAUCCACUGUCUAUCCUGCCGCUGGAUAUGCAGACAUUGUUCAGGAUAACGGGGGAAACGUAGCCGUCUUCAACUUAGAACGCAGUCAAAAUGAUGAAAAUGCAGACUUUCUUUUCUUGGGACCUUGCGAAGAGACGCUCUUGGAUGCCUUUUCUUUGGUUGUAUCACAAGACGGAAAACUGGCAGUCCAAGGUUCAUCCAUUAGUAAUUGA